UAAAAUCUAGGUAAUUUUCAGAGGACAAAUUGAAUGUUUUGAGGGUUAAGUCGGAGGUAAUCUGUAGGGGAGAGAAUGGACGUGUUGGAGUAAAAACAAGGUUAUCAGUAGUGGGCAGGAAGGAAGGGUUUUGGGGGUAAAACUUGAGGGGAGGGCAUGAACAUUUUGAGAUAAAAUUAAGGUAACCGGAGUGGACGGGAAGAAGAAAUUGUGGGGGUAAAAUCUGAGUUAAUCAGUAGGGGAGAGGAGUGACAUAUUGAGGUAAAACCAAAGCUGUUUGUCAGUAGUGGAUAGGAAGGGAAAUUGUGGGGCUAAAACUUAAGAUAAUCUCUAGGGGAGAGAAUGGAUGUAUUGAGGAAAAAACGAGGUAAUCACUAGUGACAGGGAAAAAUCUGGGGGAAAAACUUCAGGUCAUUUGUAAGGAAAAAGCAUUUUGCAGGAAAAAUCUGAUUGAAUCUUUAGGGCCAGAAUGGACAAUUUGGGGAUAAGGUAAAUGUAGCCAUUGGAUUUUCAUGCUGGUACAAUCUAGGUAGUUAUCAGGGACAAAAUUCAUAUUCUAGGUGUGAAAUCUGAGGUGAUCUGUAGGGGAGAGAAUGAAGAUUUUGAGGUAAACAGGUAAUCAGUAGUGGACACAUUUUUUGAGGGGUUGAGCUUGAAAUAAUCUGUGGGAGUCAGGUGCCUUUCAGGAGCCUCCCUGUGAAGAGCCAAGGCGCUGUCUCUGGGAGCGGUGGUGUGGAAAUACCCGUCUGGACUUUCCCUGCACCCAGGAAAGAGCCAAAAAGGAAAAGCUGGACGAGGGAGACAGCAGGGUGUAUCUCCAAGGGAUGAAUCUGAAAGACGUUUGGUCCUGCUCCCAAGGGAUGUCUUUAUGCCUGCUCCCGUGUUGGCAGACCCGAGGCUGCUGUUUGCAUCUCUAGCAGCAGACAGAUCAGGAAUUGUUGAACUUCUGGACAAAUAAGUGAAAGCUGUCAUUCAACCUGCAUACAACUGGAAAGUGUUCAUCUAUAAACGCGAGAUGCCCCCUACAGUACUGCAGAGGAGAGGCUUGUCUGCUGGGAACAUCCAGGCACGGAGAAGGAGAGGGAUUUUUCAGAGGGAAUCAGCCUUUGAUAAAAAAGUAAAUUCAGUGCCAGAAGUUUGUUGCAACAAGCAGCCAGCACUCAAACUUUUACCCCUGCAGUACAUAAUUCUGCCACAGAUUCAUUGGACAACUUCAAAGGAAGUCACCAAACCUUUCUGGUCCUUGCCAUCAAUUGCAGCCUGCCAAAGAUGAGACAUAACAGGAUGAAUUUUUCUACUGUCUGUCCUCAUUUGGAAGAUUCCUGAAGAAUAAAGUUUCUGUACUUUUAUAUGCUUUAUUUUGCUUUGUGCUAACAGUCUGAAGAGAACUGAAGUUGUGCAUCAAGCACAGAAGUAUAGAUAGAUGAUCCUUUCUAUCAGAGGGAUUGGAUUUCCAGUCACUCCUAAGUUUCAUUGUCUUGGAGGUAUUUUGAACAACUGCCAUAUAGAACAAAAGGCAAAUCUUCAGCGUGGCUUUUGGCAGAUUUACCACACAAGUCUGAUGUCAGCACAAGAGCAAGAUACAGAUCUGCUUUACUGCACUAAACACAGGUAUCCAGUGUAGACUACUUCUGAGGAAGCCUCCUUCAAAAUCCACAACAAAGUUCAUCAAUAAUAUACUGCAUUAUACAACAUCAUCUCAAAAUGAUGUCUAAGAAUUUCAUGUCUCCAUCUAAGAUGCCUGAAAUGAUCCUUCACACCCUAAAAGCGACUUUGUCCCUCAAAUGGCUAGAAAUGGAGCACAGAUGACUAUCCCACAUGGAAACACCCCUUGCUGCCUAGUGGCAGUGAAGUGUUUAGAAGACACACUGCCCUCAGUUGAAAGCAAUGUCAGAUGUUUGCCUCAGCUACCGUCAGUCCCCCUUUUAUUCCUCAGUCAAUUAUAGCAGGAGUUAUUUGUGACUUCCAAGUGCCCAACUAGAGCAUGUGAGCAGUGCUGUCUGUGCAGUGCCCACACCUCGACAGACCCAUCACCAGAGUGCUGCAAACCAUGGGCCGGGUGAUCCCAGAUUUUGCAGCAGAGAGGGAGAAGUACCUUUGGUACCUGUGGCUGUUGUGCAAGCCACACAUGGGCAGUGGAACAGCGGGCAUAAAAGAGUAAGAACCUGGCUGAGAUGCAUCUCACUUAUAUUUAGAUAACCCAUUAGUCACCCAAUUCCCAUCAACUACUUAUUUGUAUCAGUACUUAAUGGAAUUAGGCCCUUCAGGUCCUUAAAGCCUGGGUGUGGGCUGCUGCCUGCACUGUAGAACACUUUAAUACAUUUUAAACUCUGUUACUUAAUAAAUAUUUGAGGAAAAAAAGAGGUUUAGUCUGCCCUAAUUGCCUGCCAUCACAUGCAUGAUUUCAGCUGCCAUGCACACCACUCCCAGUCCCAGCACACCUUUCCCUUGCUUCAUGCACCUGUGCGUUGGGAGAAACAGGGAAAAGCCACUGAAUUGUGGGAGAAAGUUCACAACUGGGAAGGAGUUUACAAGUGAUGUCAAAGCCUACUGGUGAUGUGGCUUGUCAUUCUGCUGGGAAGGGAGGGGCAGGUUGGGGCACAAGCGCUUUAAAGGAGACUGAGGAAGUGAACCUGUGAUGCCACUGCAAAGCAGCCCUUCGGGGAAAUCCAAUUACCUACCCAGCCUCCUGGAGAUCACAAGGAAGAGCACCUUGAGGUGAAACAAAGGAGAGAUGAGUGGGCCGGCAAUGAAAGGACUGGGACUGUUCAUUUUCAGUGCAAUUCUGGUGUCUGCCCACGCCCUCACUGUGGAAGCACCAGCAAAGGAAAUCCAAGUGGCAAGAGGAAGGAAUGCUACCCUGCGCUGUAAUUUUAAAACAAAUGUUGUCAUUGAUAGAGGAGACAUGGUUUUCUGGAGGAAAAUCUAUACUGAGUCUGAUAUUAUUUCACGGUAUUUCGAUGGGUUCGUGCGCUAUGCGGAGGGCUAUGACCAUCGCAUCCAGUUCAUUGGUGAUGUUGACAGUGGGGACAUCAGCAUCACCCUGAGUGCUGUGACCAUGGAGGACAACGGGACCUACGUCUGCGCCGUCCGCCUCCGGAACGACGAGUCCCCAAAGUCCGUACGCCUGGAUCUCCAAGUCCUCGUCGCACCAUCCAAGCCUGAGUGCAAGAUUCUGGGGACACCAGAAUAUGGGCAGACAAUCAACCUAACUUGUGUUUCUCACGAGGGCUCCCCAACGCCCACAUACAGCUGGAAAAGCUUCGAUGUGCAAAAUCAGCCCCGUGCGCUACCACACACAAAAGGGCAACAAAUAACCCUGAAGAAUGUCUCAGCAGACACCUCUGGCUUUUACAUCUGCACUUCAACAAAUACCGUGGGAGCGGAAUUUUGCAACAUGACAGUCAGCAUCAUGCCACCAUCCAUGAACAUAGCCCUGUAUGCUGGCAUCAUUGGGGGAGUUGUUGCUGCCAUUGUGGUGAUUGGGAUCAUUGUCUAUUGCUGCUGCUGCAAGAAAGAGAAGAACACUGACUAUGAGAUGACGGUGCAAGAAGACAGAAAUGAACCCUCCAGGCAGAUGCCACCACCAAGGAAUGAGAGCAUAAGGGAGGAUGUGGAGAAUGCAUGAAUGAAGAAGCCACUGCCAUCUCCAGGAUUGCUGAGGCACAACAUCACUGCAAGAAAAGAAAUCAAUCCCUCUUUCUUACUUCAAGAAGUUGAAUUAUGAAAUGAAAGCCAAAGGCUCUGCCUUCAAGUUGUGGGAGAACAUUCUUGCUUCCCUGGAAAGAAGUGUUUGCUGUACAGUGAGCACUAACACACACUCUCACAGCAGAAAAUGCAUGUGGAGCACUGCUGCACCCAGUCAUCCAAAAAUAACCAGUCUUCCAGACUUCCAACUUUCUGAAAACAGAAACCAGCCAGGUCUAUUUGGAGAACAGAGGAACGGAGCUGCUGCUGUAUCCCCAGAUGUACAAAAGGCUUCAAGGUCACCAGCUGCAUUUCAUCAAGGAAGGGUGAUCUUGUUAACUGAGUCAUGCAAAUGUCACAGCUUUCACCAUUGGCCAACACACAAACUGUUUUUAUGGAGGUUGAAGCAAGAUGAUUUUUAAAGACAUUUUAUUAAAUGUGUUCUUUGUAUAUAUUAUACAUGCACAUAUAAAUAAAGAUAUGGAAGAAAUCA